CUCUCGAGCCGUCAACGUGUCAAGCGGAAAGUUCUCGUCCAAAAGCAUUUUUCACUCUGGUGUUUUACGCGUUUCAAAAGUUAGAACCAGACUUGGUUUCAGUGCGGAGUGCAGCUGACCAAAAGGAUACGCAGCCGCGAACAAAGGAGGGCGAACGAAAGACUUAGGAAGCGAACGCGAUGACGAAGGGAAAGAGGCCAGAAUGCCAGGGCCUUUGGCUCCUGCCCAUGCUGCUGUUGCUGGUUGGACAGGUCACAACACAGGAACCGGCGGCCGCCCCGUCCGAAUUCGCCCCCCACGUGACGGCCACUUGCAAGGCGGGCACGAUGAACAUCAAGGUGAAGAUGAGCUCCGGCUACACGGGCGCCGUCCACGUCCGGGACUACCGCACUCCCGGCUGCAUGGCCAUGGGCGACGGCAGCGACCAGGUGGCCUUCAGCCUGAAUCUGUGGGCCAAGCAGGGCGCCAGCGACUACUGCGGCAUCCUGGUCAGCAACGUGAGUGGAAGCAAUCGCACCGAGGAGCGUUCUAUCCAACUGGCCGUGCGUGUGCACAAGACUCUGGAAUUGGCGGACGAUAAGUUUUAUGUGAUUACCUGUGGCAAAUCGGGCUUUGCGCGCGAUGACAAUGCCCAUGUCGUGCUCAAGUUCCUGGAGAACGAUCACCGAGUGCGUGAGACGGUCUACGGGCAUAAGUACACAAUUCGCGCCGAGUUCUCCAAGCCAAACGAUACCUACGGCCUGCGUGUGGGCAACUGCUUCGCCUUUGACAAGAAGAACAGGACCCAAAAGCUCACUGACGACAGCGGCUGCCCCUAUGACUCGGAGAUCAUCAGUCGUUUUGUGCCCACAGCAGAUGGACGAGCGGCCGAGGCGGUGCUCUCCUCGAUGUUCAAGUUCCCCGAGGGCUCCGAGGUGCAUCUGCAGUGCGAUGUGAUCCAGUGCUACGGUCGCUGUGUGGAGAUCGAUGACUGCAACGAUGUGGCCCUGGCUGGCUUCGGCAAGGGCACCAAUGGACCCCGGAAAUUCGGGCCAAAUGAGGAGGGUUCCAGCCUGGCUGGGACCACGGUCUUUGUGCUCGAUCCCGCCGAGGCUAGAUUGAUCUCGGGCAAUUGCGAGGAUGGCAUCCGACCCAGUUGGCUGCUGUGGCUGACCAUCACCCUGGGCGUACUCUUCCUGAUCAUGCUGCUGAUGAACAUCUUCCUGUGCACUGCCAUGAGCUGCAGUUGUGCCAAUACAGAGAUUAUCGAGAAGGAGCCAUCGAUCAUCGAGGAGUACGAUCCGUACCGCAGUUGGCAUGGCAGUCAGUACGGAUCCCGCUACUCGCUGCACGGCAGGGAUGCCCACAAGGGCUACACCAGCGGCGGCUCCACGAUACACUCAAAUAGGUCUGAUAGAUAUUAAGCUGCCUCCACAAAAUCAAACAACAAACAGACAACACACACAACACACCUCUAUUCUACACUUCAAAAUGCAUCUGCUCUGCUCUCGCAAAUUAUUUUCCGGUUGCUGUGGAGCCACACACACAAUACAAAAACAAAACAAAAGCAUGCCAACAAAGUAUCUUGUAUCUGCGUAUCUCUAUGUAUCGUAUAUAUCUCCUGGACAGCCCAGAAAAACCAAAACCAACCAAUAAUUACAACACAACAGAUCACAAAAACAGAAAAAUCCAAAACACAGAAUGAAAAACCAUUUCGUGCCUAGUACUGCAACUGUAAUUAACCGAUAGUAAUUUGCAUUUGUCUACCGGUAAUAACCAACUAUCUCUCUAACUAACUCUCCGCCCCUCCAUAAAAAAGACAAUCGAAUAACUAACCGCCAAUUUCGAAGAGUUGCUAACUAAUCUGUCUCGAAGACUUUCCUUGACCCCCCUACUUUCUGCAAUUUGAAAUGUAUUGUAUUAAAUCCAAACUUAUCCAACGUACUUCGAAGGUCGAUGCCAAUCGAUAAUGAUAACGAUUAUGCAAUUGUGCACUCGCGUCCAGGCUCUAGACAUUCCACGUUACACGGACAGCGCGCCCAUCGGGGACCGCCCAGUAAUAUAUGAUAUGAUCAGAUCCCAAUUGAUACGAACGCGACAAUAAUGAACACUAAUUCUGUAAGCUAGGCUAAGUACUUCCCAUCUCUCCAUUUCGAACUUGAGUCUCAAAUGUACAUAACUAAGUGAAAAUGAUCGAACUACAAGUUUUCCAAAUUUUCUCCAACACGAUGGUAGAGACGAUGCCGCUGUAAAAUACUAAAAUAAACGUACUAAAGUUCUCUUUGCCUAAUUUUAAUAUUGAACCACUUAACCAUAAGUCAUUAGUCUGUCAUAAGUGCGAACGAAUGUGUAUUAGUGAAAUGUUUCAACUACUUGUAAAAAUAAACAAAGGCAGGCCAACAAAAUUAAUUUAAAGUGUAGUCUAAAAUGUUAGGAAGCAAACAUUUGGCAAAUGCGUUAAACGUACGAAUUGUAAUUAAUUUAAAAUGUAAUCAUUUAAUUUAAUAAAAACUAAAAAGAA